AUGCUUUUCUUUCAGAGCAUUAGAGAAUCAUCAUCUGUUUCGAAAAUAGUUAUUAACAGGAAUGCAGAAAAACAGUUCGGUGGAAACAUAGAUGUUAUCUGUUCAAAAGGUCAUUUUUCGUACGUCUAUACCUCAAACCUUUAUUGUGAGGCAACCAAAGGUGAUAUUACCUGUAUUGCAUUCCGACAAUACCACUAG